ACCAUUUCCGCAACAUUCGUUUUCGUGAAGACGGUAUUCAGCUGUGCUAACAACACACGAGCAAGAUGAUCUAAGCAUUGGGUAUUAUAUAAAAUACGGAAGAAUAUCUCCAAAGCUUUACGUCUGAACCCAGAAGCCAACCAAGCAGCCAACAUGAAGUUCACCUUCGCCUUCGUCCUGAUCGCCCUGUUCGCGGUGUUUGCCGUCUCCCAGGCACUGCCUCAGCCUGAGGAGGCCGCCGCUUCCAGCAACGAUGGAGCCAGCGCCAACACUAAUAUUGAAGAGUCCGCUGCAGUGGAAGCCAUGGGAGGCCGCUGGGGGAUGGGAUAUUUCUCAAAAUUGUGGACGAGCGUCAAGAAGGUCAUCGCCGUUGCCAGAUGACCAGCUGUCUGAACCAGGGUAGAGCAGCAUAUUCGAGCUGCGGGCCGCAUUUACAACAAUAUUGUUUUGGCGGGACGCUCGACAACGAUUCCUGCCGACUAAUCUGUUUGAAAUCUGUUACACAUGUCUGUCAUACGUCGUACAUAAGAAAAAAGCCCAUUCAAUAAUUUACACUUACAUUUCAAAUAUAUCGCAUAAUUGUUCCAAUUGUUCAUGCUUGGUGUAAACCAAA